UUGGCGGCAUCGAUCAUGGAUUACAAAUUAUUUUCAGUAAAAGAAUCUCAAACCGGCAUUCCAAAUUUGAAAACUCACGUCGCCGCACUAUAUAAUAAUAUGCAACAAUCAUUCCAAUCCCUACCUUCAAAGCAGAGAUUUUUAUUCGAGUCUCGAGCUAGAGAACGAGCCAACGAACCAGGGCGGCCACUGAUGGAGAAAUGCAAAGAUUUGUCGGAAAUGAAGGAGUGGUGCCGUGCAAUUCCCAAGAUAGAGCUCCACGCUCACCUCAAUGGCUGCAUCCGAGACUCCACUCUUCUAGAACUUGCAAAACUGCUUGGUGAAAAGGGUGUCAUCAAUUUUGGUGAUGUAGAGCAUAUAAUCAGAAAAUGUGGUCGAUCCCUGACGGAGUGUUUCCAGCUUUUUGACUUGUUCCACAUACUCACAACCGAUCACGAAACAAUAUCACGGAUCACGAAGGAAGUUAUUGAAGAUUUUGCCGCUGAAGAGGUCGUUUAUUUGGAGCUAAGGACAACACCAAAGAGUAAUGAAGCAAAGGGUAUGACAAAGCGUUCUUAUAUGAAAGCAGUUGUCAAUGGUCUUAGAUCUGUUGAAACUGUUGAUGUCUCUUUCAUCAACUUUAAUGGAAAGACAGAGAACUUCUGUGAAUCAAUGCAAAAAAGUAGUAAAACUUGCAUGGAAACAAAAAAGAUAUAUGUUCGUCUACUUUUGAGUAUUGACCGUCGUGAAACAAUGGCAGCGGCAAUGGAGACGGUUUCUUUGGCUUUAGAAAUGAGAGAAUUUGGGGUGGUUGGCAUUGAUCUUUCUGGAAAUCCUGUAGUUGGGGAAUGGACUACUUUUCUGCCAGCUCUGAAGUAUGCUAAAGAGCAGGGUCUUCCUGUAACUCUUCAUUGUGGAGAGGUAUCCAACAAGAUGGAAAUCCAAGCAAUGUUGAAUUUUUCUCCUAAUAGGAUCGGUCAUGCUUGCUUCCUUGAUGAGGAUGAUUGGCAUAAGGCCAGAUUUUUACGCAUCCCAGUUGAGAUAUGUUUAACAUCCAAUCUCAGGACAGAACGUUUCUCAUCGAUAGAUUUACAUCAUUUUGCUAAUCUUUACAAUUCCAACCAUCCACUGGUCUUAUGCACUGAUGAUACAGGCUUGUUCUCCACCAGCCUUUCCAACGAGUAUUACCUUGCUGCUGAGACAUUCGGACUUGAUAAAAAGGACAUAUUUAAGCUUGGGGCAAAUGCUAUUGAAUAUGUUUUUGCUGACAAUGAGGUGAAGAAGGCAAUUAGAGAAAUCUUUCGGGCUUUCGAGAGAAGAAUUGCUGAUUAGUUUCCUUCAUGGAAACUAUGAGUAGGCUUAUCCUUUAUUGAAGCUUUUAAUUAAAAUAUUAUAGUUGAUGUAUGCUGACAUAGUUAUUCUUUUAGUAAAAUGUGAUGUCAGUAACAUCAUGAUUAGUCAUAAAUGACAUCAUGCGUACACUAUUAUCUUUUAAUGCAAUUAUCUUUCAUAUUAUGAUUUGCGGUUUUAUUA